UCAGCUGUUUAACGUUGUUUUACUCACAGCUGAUAUCCUACUAGCCAUACAAAUUUCUAUUUUACAUAAAUUUUUUAGUUAAAAAAUGUUUAAUAUUCGUAAUUAAAGCCAAUAUGGUGUCUAUACUUUCAAGAGUAAAAGACGUAAUAAAAUACAGCAUGAUGUAUGCCUGUCUUACGCACUGUACUUUCGAAUAUGUCGGUGAUUUUGUAGUGUGCAAUGGUCCAUCAAUGGAACCUACAUUGCAUUCGAAAAACAUCCUGCUGACAGAACGCAUAUCCACACGUUUUCACAAUCCACGACGAGGGGAUAUAAUCAUUGCUGUAUCUCCCACUGAUCCCAAGCAGUUCAUUUGUAAACGCAUUGUAGGGAUACCUGGAGACCGAAUCGUUUUGAAAAAUAACACAAAACCAAUAGAUACUGAUAUUGACGUUUUAGUAACAAGUAAAAAACAAAAAGUAAAUGAAUUUCAAGAUGAAUAUGUACCUCGUGGUUACAUAUGGAUUGAAGGUGACAACAGUGAAAACAGUUCAGAUUCACGCUACUAUGGUCCAAUACCAUUAGGACUUGUGAAAAGUCGAGUAGUCUGUCGACUUUGGCCGAUAAAGGAAGCACGUAUGUUAUAGGCACAAGGUUUAAUGAGAAUUUAUUUUCUCACAAAUAGUGAAUAUACUAUUGUUAUUUCUGUAAGUUUACAAAUAAAAUACUUGACAAAAAACCUCAA